AUGCGUGAGGACGAAAGGUUCGUGUCGUUGCGUGGAUGUCGCCGGCCCUCAGCACACACCGUAACGACUGCAGAAGUUUGCGUCCUCUGGGCCUCAACGAUUGUGAGUAAACGGGGUUUCCAGAGCGAUGAGUUGUUACACAUCGCGCGGAAUUUCGCGCGGAGCGAGUUCUCACAUUUCGCCGUCCAGGUGGUGAUUCCCUCGCCCUUUUGCAUGUGUCGCAUAUACUCCAAUGGAAGGGUCGUUAUUAUGGGCAACCUGACCGAAGGUCAAGUCGAAAAGGAGCUGAGCCGCGUUGUCUAUAAAUUGCGCUAUCGCACUAAAUGGAAGGUGUCGACACUAAGAGACCGCAUCACGCAUGGCAACGGUCUACAGUGGUGCUACGUUGUGAACAACAAUGUGUUGCCCGUGAAGACAGUUUUGCAGAGCGUAAAGGUCGACCAGCUGUACUGUAGAGUCGCUUUCGACGGCCCAAUCGAUUUGCGAUUACUGCUACAGAGGGGUCUUUCCGCCAAGCAGAAUAUCACCAGCAUUUCCAACGCUUGCGUUAGGCUGCAAAUCGACCUACCUGAGCCCCCUGAGAAUAGUACGGGCCCGGCCGAAUCUGAUCCGACGACAUCUGUAUGGGACGCAGGGCUGGAGCUGGAACGUGAACUAGAGGCAGAGCUUGCACACCUACGGCGACAAGACAAACGUUUUGCCACAUGUGUAGUUUACCAUAGCGGUAAAGUGGCCAUUUUAGGCUGUUGCAACCACGACGAAGUUAGGUUCACCUUUGACGCAUUAGCGACUCUUCUUUGA